UGGGGGGGAGGGUGUCUGCUUUUGUGAUGCAUUUUGCACAGUUAGCAUCUGCAGGACUCCUUGGUACAAGCAUACGCAUCCAUACACAGCCGCACUGUGAUUCUCCUAUCCUCACACGCUCCUGCAGCCGGCUGAGCGCUCCUUCUGUACUGAUGAAGUGACGGGAGGGAACCGUUCAGCAGCGGCUGUUGAUAGAUCUCUGUACUUGGUCUGCGGGUCAUGGGAAACCUCAUUAAGGUUUUGGGAAAAGAUUUAGAAAAUUGUCCUCAUUUUUUCCUGGAUUUUGAAAGUGUCAGAUGGGGAACCUUUUAAAAGUCCUGUCUUAUAACGACCUAGAACAGUGUCCCACUUUUUUCCUUGACUUUGAACAUGCUCAGCCCACUGAGGCAGAAACCGCUGUGUGGAAUCAAGUGAAUUCUGUGCUGGAGGAAGCCCAAGGUGUCCUGGCUGAGCUGCAGUCAUACAGGGGAGCAGGACAAGAGAUAAGACAGGCAAUUCAGAAUCCACUGGAUCUGCACCUACAAGAGGAGGCCUGGCGUGCUGUCUGUCCUUUGGUAGCCAAACUCAAGCGCUUCUAUGAAUUUUCCCUUCGACUUGAGAAUGCCUUGCACAGUCUCCUGGAAGCUCUCACAUCCCCCCCAUUUGCCCCUACUCAACAUCUGGAGAGAGAGCAAGCUCUGGCCAAACAGUUUGCUGAGAUUCUGCACUUCACCCUUAGCUUUGAUGAACUUAAGAUGACAAAUCCUGCAAUACAAAAUGACUUCAGCUACUACAGACGAACAGUCAGUCGCAACCGACUAAACAAUUUUCAGGUGGAUGCAGAGAGUGAUGUAAACAAUGAAAUGGCCAAUCGCAUGUCUUUGUUUUAUGCUGAUGCCACCCCCAUGCUGAAGACUCUGAGCAAUGCAACCACUAAGUUUGUGUCUGAGAACAAGUCUUUGCCGAUUGAAGACACAACUGACUGUUUGAGCACAAUGGCCUGUGUGUGUAGAGUAAUGCUGGAGACUCCAGGGUACCGCAGCCGUUUUACCAGCAAUGAAACACUUCUCUUCUGUAUGCGAGUCAUGGUUGGAGUUAUCAUCUUGUAUGAUCAUGUACACCCAGUUGGAGCCUUUGCCAAAACCUCCAAAAUUGAUAUGAAAGGUUGCAUCAAAGUGCUGAAGGAUCAACCAUCCACAAGCACAGAGGGCCUUCUAAAUGCUCUGAGAUAUACAACCCGCCAUCUAAAUGAUGAUACCACAUCCAAGCAGAUCCGAGCUUUGCUCCAGUAAUACAACUGUGCAUUUUCACUGUAUUUGAGACAGCAAGGGGGAGAGGGUUUUGUGUGUCUUGUGUUAUACGUCCCUCCUGCCUUCCUACUCCUGUGUUCAAUUAUCUGCAGGUAGAGGAUUGUGAUUUUUAGAUUUAGUUGUUGCUGCAUCAUUGUGAUUUAGGGUCUCUAACAAUACAAAAUACACAGCAGCCAGUCCUGGCAGUAGCACUGCACUCCAGAGCUGGUGUGUAUAUCCCAGAUUCUUUAUGUAGACACCCUACACUGAAUUCUGUGUACAUUGGUAUUCUAAAGAAAUUUUUAUUAUUAAAGCUCCUAGAUCUGUU